AUGAGGACUUCUCAGUUAUUUAAAAGAACCGCUGUAAGCAGCAACCCUCAGAAAAGGGCUCUGACAAGCCACCUUCUUCCUCCCCCCACACUAGAAGAUGAAGAAGGCAGAUUAGGCCAGCUAGGGACUUUAAAUGUCAUCUCUCACAACCCAGCUUCAAAAAUGCGCCAGAAGGCUUUGGGGAAAGGAGAGGGAAGUCCUGAGCUCACUGAAUUGGACAAUGAAGAGGCAGAAAUAAGCAACACAUUACAGUGUCUUGAAAACAAAGAUCAGUUGUCUCUGGAGCACCAGUUUCACACUUGGAUAACUCUGGAGAGAAAAAUCAAUGCUGUCACCCAUCUGAAAAAUGACCUAGCCCAGAGGCUGAUUGAUAUCACUUCCAACAAUCUCAUCCAGGAGCUGGAUGAGGAACUGGAGAAAGCUGCCAUUGGCGUUUUGGUGGCCACUGCAAAGCACUGCCCAGAAAUUGUCUUGGCUAAGCUACAGGAGAGGAUCCAACCAAAAGCUCUGCCCCACCACAGCAUCCUCUGUGCUAUGGUGAAACUUUGCCAACUCAAAGUAUUAAGACACCUGGCCAGUUCUGUCUCCAGGUACUUAGCAGAGCCACCACAGGAAGUUGGGGAGCUGGACAUUACUAGAGACACUGCAGCUGCCCAAGCCCAUGUGACAUUUCUAGUGCUCUUCAACAAUUGGUUUCCAAGUGCCCAGAGAAAGGUGAUGGAAGCCACACUGAAUGCAAUUACCCCACUGUUUUUUAUCAUGUCUGUUCAGACAUUGAAAAAUCAUGUCCAGUAUUUGAUAACAGGGCUCCUGAAUCUGUAUGAGACUGGACUACCCCAUUUUUACAUCACAGAGUGUCUAUGUGCCCUUCUAGACAGUGUACUGAGCUACAGAAAAUGGAGUAAGAGCCUGCACUACAGUCUGGACAGCAUUCUCAGUGCUCUUUUUGCACAGGUCUGUGCUAAGAUUGAAAUAUCUGACACACCAAGUAAAAGAAACCAAGAAGCUGCAUUGCGAGCUUUCAAGGUUCUGGGUGUUGUUUAUCAGGAGGACAUUAUGGCUUUCCUCAAAAAGAAAAUGGAGGGUGCUAAAGAAGUAGAGUACACCACAGUUCUUACCAUCCUAAGAGAAAUUAUACAAGAUUUUCCCCAUAUGGACAAAGUAAAAAAUGUCCUGGUACAGUCUGUGGCCCUCCUCAUAACGGAAAACACUGAGCUGGCUCUCCUGAAGGUGAAGAGACCACUCUUGCAGCUAAUUAGAAGCUUGGGAUGCUGCAGGUACCUUACCCUACCAGGAGGAAAAGUUCUUGUGGAUUUCCUCAUCCAACAGUGUGAGCAUGUUGUCUGCACCACAAAGUCCAAAGAUGACUGGAAUGAUGAAAUGAUCCAGAAGUACAGCAUCAGCACCCUACACUUGGUGCCCUGGAAAAUGUUAAUGCAAGUUGUGUGCCCUCUGGAGUAUACCAACACUUUCAUCCCAGUUGGCAAGGCCUUGACAUCUUUGCUUCUUAAGUCAAGAAUUGCAGGCAGAUCUCCUUACCUGGGAGAAUUACACAGAAGGCCGGCUGAGCUCCCAACACCUCAGGCACUCUUGCUACGCCUUUUAGUCAUUUCAUUGUAUCCCUACAAGGGUGGGGAUUCUGGGAUUAUUGCCCUCCAACUGCUUCAUGCCCUCCACCCUAUCAAUUCUCUUCACCCUGUGAUGCACUCAGUUUUGGGACAGCUGUGGACAGAGCAGAUUCCUGAGCUCAUAAAAUAUCUGGAAGAACAUAAUAAGGAAACUCUGGAAGAGAAGACAUGGAAGGGCAAGCUGCUUAUGCUUUUAGAAAUAUCAGUGGAAUCCAUUAUGGAUGAUGCGUGGUCCCGUGAGCUUGUAGAUGAGAUCCUUGUAAAAAGCAAAAGCUACUCUCAGGGGCCCCAAGAUAAGGGGAUUGCUUCUGCCAUCAGUCUCACAGCUACUCGCCACCUCAACGACACCUUAGUGGUGCUGCAGGAAUUCAGUAACCAGCUGAUCCCAGAGGAAGGUUCACCCAGUGAGCAGAAUGAGUGGAGGAGGUCAUUCAGCACACUCCAUCUUUGCUAUGACCAAGUGGCCAUGGAAACAAAGGACAGUAUCCUGCCCUUGGUGGACAACAUUCUCUUCCAAAUGUUACACCACUUCCGCCGCUGCACUGCCUCAGCCAUGGACCUAAGUCUAAAGCUGAGCUUUCUGAGAUCAAUGGCUACAUUCACAAGAACAGUGGGUGACAUUGCCCACACAGCAAAAGAAACCCAUGAGUUCUCACAGAAAGCGGUGAUUGCAGCAUUUAUGACGAAGCUGAUUGAAGAAGAGUCUGUGCAGUUGCUGUCUACCCCUGUGCGCCAGCAGGCUAUGAUUGUGGUCACUAAUCUGAGAAAACUGAAGCCACCACUGAAGCCUGAGAUAAAAGUACUUCUAGUCCGGACAUGCUACAAAAGUGUAUUUUCCCUGCCUCCAAUAGAAAACAUGUUAGGAGAAGUAUGUGAUAGCACCCAGUAUCAACACUCUGAGUCCUUGUACAAGGAAACUAUCAGUGCCUUGAGAGGAAUGCUGGAGGGUCUGGUAUUAGAAUAUCCUGGUGAUGUCCAGAAGAUUUUGGAGUACAUAGAGCCUUGGCUAUCUUCCAGAAAGGAUCAUGAGCGGGAACGGGCAAUGUGGUGCAGUGCCCGGCUCCUGAGGUGUGUCGCCAAGCUUCCUAAUUUUGAUGCAUCAAUUGAAUUCAGCAGAUUAGGCCGUCUGGUUAGACUGCUGGCGCUUCGAUGCCAUGACCCAGUGGAUAACAUCUGCUUCUUGGCAGCCCGAGCUGUAUACAACUUGUAUUGUAUCCUGCUGGUUAAAAAGCAGCUUGACAAGGGACAUACAGCAGAAAAGUUAUAUGCAUACAAAAAUCUUGGCACCUACAGUCCCUCUGUAUUCUAUAACAACACCUCUCAGAUUGCUAAGGCCUUUGCAGAAUAUUUUACCCCUCGUCAGUUAACAAAUCUGGUUCUGACAGCACUUGAUGGUUUGACAGAUCCCAGGGAAAAAAUAUCUCGGGCAGCUGGAGAACUGCUGAGUGCAAUUUUGGAUGAGCGUGGAGCUGAUCUGGAGAAGGUGGAUGACACUUUGACUGGCAUUUACAAGCGCCUCUGUCUCAUUCAGGAGCCCAACACUCGGCAGGAAAUGUUGAGGGCAGUGUGUUUCUUGGCUGGAAACAACACCAAGAAAGUGGUGCCUAUCCUACUGGCCCACCCACUCCCCUGGGACAGCAACACAACUGCACUAUGGAGGGUCCUGGGCACCAGAAGACAGACUACUCUUUGUGUUCUUCAGCUGCUAAUACAAAUCUUGGAGGAGAAGCCAGUCCAAAAAGAUAACAUCAGUAUCUCUGAUGAUGAGACCUCCCUUCAAGCUGUUGCUGUAACCUGUGCCCUGUGUGAGAUGCUCUCAGUCCCUGAUUGCAGAGAUGCAGUGCAAGAACUCUAUCCCCGCCUCUUAUUGGCAAUGCUUGGUCACAUCCAGAAAGUAAUAGAGCAGAAUCCACUAGAGAACAUGGUGGUCUACAGGAAGGAGUGUGGCCAAGAGAACAGGCCCAAGGCAUUUGAUCCUACCAGCUGUGCUCUGGAGGCUAUGAAGAUCUUGCUCUCAGGUGCUGGUUAUUUUGAGGUGUUGGCCUACAUGGAGGAACACAGAGGCUGGGACCUACUCUCCAGUCCCUGUGACUACUACUGUGGAAUAAUAGAGAUCACAAGUGCCAUGGUGAAGCAUUUCAGACCCCUUCAGCUGCAUAGAAUUUUUAAAAAACUGAUCCCACUACUCAACAGUGAAAAUGAGCAUGAUAAGGUUAUGUCCAGGGCCUUCUAUGCACAGCUUCUCUGGCACCGUUCUGUGGCCCAGAGUCAAGAACUCGACAUCUUAGCCCCACUGAAAAAAUGGACCCAAGAGACAAAUCCUAUCAUCAAGCUGCUGGGACUCAGAGGAAUUAGUAAUUUAGCUCUCCAUCCAGGGAAGGCAACACAUCUCAGAAGCCACCUUCCAGCCCUUCAAGAGUUCCUGAAAGAAAAAGAUGAGAGGAUUGCAGAGCAAGCUUUGAAAGCCCUACGAAAUAUCAUCUACUAUAUGGAAGGGGAAGAGGUCAAAGCUGCAUUUUGCCAAAUUGGGAAGUCACUUUGGCAACCAAUCACUGAUGAGAGGGAAAAGGUGCGCAUCACAGUCAUCAUUGCCCUUGGCAAAAUGCUGAAACAGGUGAACAAAUUUAAGCCUGGGCCUGCUGUCCAUUAUGAAAUUUAUUGUGCCCUGGUGCCACUGAUGCUGGUCAUGCAGGAGAAUAAACCUGAGAUGCUCAAGGCUUGUGGAGACACUUUGGCAGAGUGUGCGCUGGCCAUGGGAUGGACCCAGCUCAAGAACUUAUUCAGACACUUGACCCUGAGUGACCAUCUUCAGGUCCUGCAAGAGAUGUGCAAGUACCUUGUGAAGAAGUGCAGGAAAAUGGUGGGGGACAUCUUACAUAAGAGCAUGGCAUAUCUAAAAAGCUCACAGCACCUUUUACGAGAGGCAGCAGUCAGAUUUAUAGCAUACACAGUAAAGAAUAUGAAUUUAAUCCAAGUGGACCAUGAUGAUGUGAUGUUAAUUCUCAAUGCUCUUGGUGAUCUCAGGUUUGACCCUGUAGACUCUGUGUGUGCUGCAGCCUUAGAAACCAUAACAAGCAUUGAGGCAGCCUGUUCACCUGAAGCAGAGCCUCCCUACACAUUGAGAAGAAUCUGCUUUCAGCCUGUCCAGAGAAAGGAGAAGAUUUUUAAAUGCAAAGAAAUUCAGAAUGCUCCAAAGCAAGUGAGGGGGAAAAUUGCCCCCGAAGAAACUGUAAAAACAGGCCAAGAAGAAAGGAGGAAAAACUGAACCUCUGAGGUUUAGUUGGUAUCUGAAAACCAGAGGCGUUACAAAUUAUGGUUUGUCUGCUAAUGAUCAAAAUAGAAUCCUUGAUUUUAGGGAUAUGACAUCAUGUGGACAGGAUGGAUACAAGUACAUAGGCUGCUUGUGUGCUGAAGAAGAAAAUGCUUCUUUCAGCCUUAAGCCUGCUUGUACAAACAACUAACAGCACAGAAACAAAUUUUUGAAGGUGAACUGUUACGCAUAAAGAAAAAAUACUGUUUGUGCUUUUUACAGUUCCUUUAGGAUGUAUCAAAACUGCCUUGAACAUCAUGCCUGUGGCAGUUGGAAGAACUGAAAUGGAAAGUCUUCUGUUGCCUGUCCUAUAACUGAUAGUUGGAAGUGAUGAACUGUGGACUGGAAAUGCCAUUUGUAUCUUGCAUAUUCAGUCUUUAAGAGUAUCCAAGAUCCCACUCUCCAUAUGCACGUUUUUGUCUAAUUGACUCUAUUCAUGCACACAAUAGACCCCACAGAACUAUUUCGCCAAAACAAAUGAGGACAUUUCUUAAUUGCCACAAAGAAGGCAGACAGCUUGCCUGCAAAAUAUUAGUUCUUCAUGCAUACCCAGUGAUUUAAAUUGAUAAUUUAUGAUGCCAAAGUGAACACAGAUAUGGAACAAUUGAAUCCCAAUUAUGAAUUUUCUUGCUUUCAAAAGUUUGUCCUUAGGUAGAUAUGAGGUUAUUUUCUAUUACUGGAUAUUUCCCUAUGAGCAUAAUUCUCAACUUCUUCUCCUAGAUAUAAAAUGGAUGACACUAAAAUCUUAGCAUCUGUCAGUCCACGGGUCUUUUGUUUUGCAUUGUUUUCAUAUACAUGUAUGCAUGCCCAUACACAGGGCAUACAGAAUCAUGAGUGAGUACACUUCCUGGAUGAACCCUGUCUUCCUUUGCUCAAGCUCAGGUAGUGUUCAGUGCCAGCAGAGUCUGCCUAUUGUAGGGAGUGAGGAUCAUAAGUCACCAUGUUAUAUCUAAAUGCUAUUCUACAUAGGGGUUCACGUCAUACCUUCGGUGUUCUACUCUGGGAAUUCUGCUCUGUAUUCUUCCUUCUACCCAGGAAAUGUAGGAAAUGUUCAAUUAUUUUGAAAAUGUGCAUAUGCUAUGAUGUGUUCUGCUCCUGUUCUGAGUUUUGGUCUUAUAUGAGGUUCAGACUUUGGAGUGAAUUACAAGACUUGCUCAGUAGUAAACGUGCCAGAAUGUAGGAAAAACUGCAUUAUAUUUUGUUGGUUGCUAAUCUGUGACUGAAAUGGACAUUGGUGCCACUUAUCACAUACACUGUCCAAAUUGAUAGCAGCAACUAUUCACAUUAAUCAAAGCUACUUUCCUUGCUUCACAGUUGCUGCAGCCACACAUGAAAAUCAGACACUGAUCAUGUCAAUGAUUCUGCAAGCCUUCCAGCAGCUUUUAAAUGAGUGCUAAAGCAGAAUUAC